AGUGCCUCGCGCUCUUUUCCGCGGGAGGAUUUUCAAUGAGUUGACGUCACGCCGGCAGCCAAUCAGCUGCUAGGGGUCGGUCUCUGGAACUGGCCGCAGUAGGUUAUCAGCCUGAAACCUCGCAGUCCGAGGUCAGGAAGCCAGAUGAGCCCGCAGAGAAGCGAUUGCUCACCGCGACCAGCCUAAGCCAACAGUCGCUGAGAGGACGAGGAAGUUCGGUAUGAGCGGCAAUGCUAACUGACCUGCACGCAGCCAUGGUACCGAAGCGCGAGCCGGCGAAGUUGGAAGAGCGCGAGCGCACGCAGGCGGCGUGUGAGUGCCAAAGCCAAUGCAACAACUGCAAAAUCUUCCUGAGUUUAUUCAUCCUCUCGCUCUCUCUGCACCUCGUCACUCUCUUCUGUUACCUGGACCUGCGCUCGGAGCUCAAACGCGAAAUAUCACAGAAAAACAAAGAUGAGGUGUCAUCAACGGGGCCAAUCCCGCACUAUGAAGCCACAGCGCCAGUGCUCCGGUUACCGGACACCGACCACCCAACAAUAGACGAUCAGAGCAGAUGGAGGGAUGAACACACAAGAGGGCUGGAGAGAGUCAUUCAUCGUACCAAACGUUCAGAAACUAACGGAAAAAAGAAAGGAGAGCGGAAAAAAGGCAAGAAAGGGCCCCCUGGCGCUCCUGGACCUCCAGGCCCACCUGGUCCACAAGGUCCUCCUGGAAUUCCGGGGAUCCCGGGGAUCCCAGGCAGUAAUGCAAUGGGUCCAUCUGGCCCACCUGGCCCUCCUGGACCUGCAGGGCCACCUGGACCACAAGGUCCACCUGGACCACAGGGACCUUCAGGUGGCGCCGAUAAAGCCAAGCACAGAGAGACACAGCCAGCUGUGGUGCAUCUUCAAGGUCAGGAAACCACUAUUCAAGUGAAAGAAGAUUUGUCAGAAGGUGUGUUGAAGAAUUGGAGAAUGAUCUCAAUCCAUCAGAGAGUGUUUAAAAUGCACUCGCGCUCUGGAGAGCUGGAAGUCCUGCUUGACGGAACAUACUUUAUAUAUAGUCAGGUAGAAGUAUACUACCUGAAUUUCACGGACAUAGCAAGUUAUGAGGUGAUGGUAGAUAAGACUCCAUUCUUACGCUGCACGCGAAGCAUCGAGACCGGCCAGCGCAAGUUUAACACCUGCUACACCGCGGGUGUGUGUUUGUUGCGAGCGCGCCAGAGGAUCUCCAUCCGCAUGGUGUACGAGGACACCUCCAUCUCCAUGAGCAACCACACCACCUUCCUGGGCAGCAUCCGUCUAGGGGACGCCCCGGCUGCUGGACACACCUGAGGCCAUCGGUACGCAGGUCGACCUGAUCAGACACUCAUAUCAUGCUCUUUAGAUGUGCAUGAGCCAAUGAGCUCACAGACCACGCCCACUGAACUCAACUGAGCCAGUAUGACUCAUUAUCCCCGCCACAUUGACAUACCCAAUCUACAGCCAGCAAUUUAUGAACUAACAGGUUUAACUGCAUAUCUGUCAAGCGUCAGACAAACGUGACUAUGUAGCAUCACCAACACUGACAAAAAGAACCAAUUCUCUCUGAGCACUGAAACACCCUCUUUUAGUCCUCAAACAUUAGCAGCACAACAUUCACCACAAAUAAUCAAACUGUCUAUUUACAAAUGAGAUGACACUGAAUGAACAUUGUGACCGGAACUUCCUGAAUGAACAGUGUGAGCGGAUGAGCUCAGCGCCAUCACAGCUGCCGUGUGUGUGUAGAUUAAAUCACACGCCGCCCAUCCAGCGUUAGCACAGGGAGGAAGUGCACCGACAGUGAUUGCAGUGACUGGAACUGCAAAAGGAGUAUUUCAGUGAGAUACUCUAAUGUGUUUGAUGCACCAAUAGCAACCCACUCAAUCGUGACAUUCCAUUCAACACUUCAUAAAUAGUGAACCUGUGUACUAUUCUUUUUAAAUAAGCACUGAUGUUGGCAAUGUAUAUAAAACAGAAUAUCUAUGUUCAGUUAUCUCUGAUCUUUUACACACACAGUCAAGAUACCCAUUUUUAAUAUGAAGUCAUGAAGUUCUGACAGUUUUAUUUUUUUGGCAUGGUUCUUUGCUCUUUAGCUGACAUUACCUGUAGGAAAGACUGAGUGUGUGCAUAUGAUGGCAGUGGUUCAGGCACUAAAAUUAAUGAUUCUUCAUAAUGGUUUCCUUCAUCAACAUUCUAAAUAUAUGCGAUACAAUACCAUAUGCCUCCUGUAGGGGGCAGUCGUGCUCCUCUAGAGUAAAUGUAGCACUGAGAGUUUGACUGGAAGAGUUUGGUUGUGUUUGGAAUAGAUUAUUAUUGUAAUACUCUUACUUUUGCUGCAGUAUAUAAUGUGCAUGUAGUAUAACUAAUAUAUAUAUUCUACCAUUCAAAGGUUUGGGAUCAAACAUUUUUUAAAUUCAGUUCUAUUCACAAGGACACCCGAAUGAUCAAAAGUGACAUACAUUUAUAAUGUUGCAGAAGAUUUCUAUUUCAAAUAAAAGCUGUACUUUUGAACUUCCUAUUUAUCAUAUUAUUUUGAAUAAAAAUGUAUCAGGGUUUAAAUAAAAAUAUCAAUCAGGACAACUGUGUUUAACAUUUUCUAAGAACAAAUCUUCCGUGAGCAGCAAAUCUGGAUAUUAGAAUGAUUUCUGAAGGAUCAUGUGACACUGAAGACUGGAGUAAUGAUGCUGAAAAAUCAGCUUUCAUCACAGGAAUAAAUUACAUUUUACAAUAUAUAAGAAUAGAAACACGUUAUUUUAAAUUGUAACAAUAUUUCAUAUUGUGCUGUAUUUCUGAUCAAGUCAACUUCUUUUGAUUUGACCCCAAACUUUUGAACGGUAGAGUAUAUACGCACAAACUUACUGAAUACUGUAUCCCACAAUGCAAAAUACUACCAGUAUCCUCGUGAUUUGAUGUGACAAAUAUAAAAUUGUACAAAAUAUGAUUUUAAAAAAUAACAUCUAAGAUGAUAACUUGCCGUCAUGACAAGGUACAAUGUGGCAUACUUUCAUAAUCUGUUUUUACAUAUACUGUUUUUAAGCAUAGUUAGCAGUAUUCAGUAGAUACUGCGCAGUAUAGAGUAAGCAGUAACCUAGUGUUCCAUUCGGAACAUUUGAGCCUAUUUUCGACUCUAACACAUACUGAUAAAGUCAUGAAUCAGCGCCUGACUGACAGCUCAGGAUCGUGGAUCUAAAUGGGUUGUAGAGAAAGACUGAAUUAUGCGAGUGUAGUUUAGUUAAUAGGAAUCAGAUCCAAGAUCCUCACAGUGAGAACAAACUGCUUUAUUGUGUUCAAAGGUCUUGGAAUAAAAAGAACCAUGGGAAUUAUCUGGAACUUUCUAAAGGGAGCUGGUAAUCUGCCCUCAGGUUUCCUCUCCAUGUUCCCACUGUCUCCACAUGGAAAUGUAAAAACAAAACAAACCAAAAACACACAGGAGAGUCUGAAUGUGAUUCUGAUAGACUGGUUUAUAUCUCUCUCUUUCUUCCCUUAAACAUCAUGUCCAACCGACAGCUUGUUUUAGUUUUUGUUUCUGGUGUGUUUGUGUGUGUUUUAGAAACGAGUGUGUCUUUGUAGGUAAAUGAUUUGUAUACUGUAUGUAGUCCUGUUUUACUGAAGAUAAUGUAUAUUUGUAAACUAUACAGGGAAUGUAUAUAUGUACAUAAGAUAUUUUGCUCUUUUGUAAUUUUUUAUGUCCUAUUAAAUUGUUUUUGAGAGAUUGUU